GACUUCUCAUUCUCUCCUCGAGGCAGAUUUGAUCUAUCGGGCCCCUUUGGCAGCAGCAUAUCAUCCCUUUUUUUUUGCGUAUUAUUAUAUACAUACAUACAUAUAUAUUAUCCCCUUACUUCCCCGGUCCUUUGUGAGCUAGAUCUCCCAUCAGAGCCGCCACCAUGGGUGCAGACGACAAGGCCAACCAUUCCACCUACCGUUACAAUGAGGUUCCCGUAUAUACCACCUCGCAGGGUUGCCCGGUUAUGGAUCCGGAGUCUUCCCAGAGGAUCGGCGAAAACGGACCCCUCCUGCUCCAGGAUUUCCACCUGAUCGAUCUUCUGGCACAUUUUGAUCGCGAGCGGAUUCCAGAGCGUGUAGUCCAUGCCAAAGGAGCUGGAGCUUAUGGCGAAUUCGAAGUUACCGAUGAUAUUAGUGACAUUACCACUAUCGAUAUGUUGAAGGGCGUGGGGAAGAAGACUAAGCUUGUAACUCGCUUCUCCACCGUUGGCGGAGAGAAGGGAUCCGCCGACAGUGCCCGCGACCCUCGUGGAUUUGCCGUGAAGUUUUACACCGAAGAGGGCAAUUGGGACUGGGUGUUUAAUAAUACGCCUAUUUUUUUCCUGCGUGACCCCUCGAAGUUCCCGAUCUUCAUUCAUACCCAGAAGAGAAACCCGCAGACCAAUCUGAAGGAUGCAACCAUGUUCUGGGACUACCUGUCGACCCAUCAGGAGGCUAUCCACCAAGUUAUGCAUUUGUUCAGCGACAGAGGCACUCCUUAUUCAUACCGCCAUAUGAACGGGUACUCUGGCCACACAUACAAGUGGAUUAAGCCCGAUGGCACUUUCAACUACGUUCAGAUUCACUGCAAGACCGAUCAGGGCAACAAAACCUUUAACAACGAGGAGGCACACAAAAUGUCAGCUGAAAACCCCGACUGGCACACUGAAGAUCUCUUCAAGGCUAUUGAGAGGGGUGAAUAUCCAUCUUGGACUUGCUACGUCCAAGUAUUGAGUCCUGAGCAGGCCGAGAAGUUCCGAUGGAGCGUUUUCGACCUGACCAAGGUUUGGCCCCAGAGUGAAGUCCCUCUUCGACGCUUCGGACGCCUCACCCUCAACAAGAACCCCGAAAACUAUUUUGCCGAGAUCGAGCAGGCUGCUUUCUCCCCGUCUCACAUGGUUCCCGGUGUCGAGCCAUCUGCCGACCCGGUUCUGCAAUCCAGACUAUUCUCCUACCCUGAUACCCACCGACACCGUUUGGGCACCAACUACUCCCAGAUCCCCGUCAACUGUCCACUCCGGGCCUUCAGUCCUUACCAACGCGAUGGUGCUAUGGUCGUCAAUGGAAACUACGGUGCAAACCCGAACUAUCCGUCCUCCUUCCGUCGCUUGCAGUUCAAUGCAGUCAAGGCAAGUCAAGAACAUGAAAAGUGGGCCGGAGCAGUCCUUGCAAAACAGAUUCCAGUCACCGAUGAAGACUAUGUGCAAGCAAACGGACUCUGGAAUGUCCUCGGCCGCCAACCUGGGCAGCAGGACAACUUCGUCCACAAUGUCUCUGUGCACCUUUGCAAUGCUCAGGAGACUGUCCGUAAGCGAACUUAUGGCAUGUUCAGCCGCGUGAAUAAGGACUUGGGUGCUCGCAUCGAGAAAGCCACCGAGGCCUUGAUUUCCCAGCCACGCCUUUAAAACGUCUGAUAUGCGGAGAAGAACUUAUGAAGAGAUUUGAAUAAGGCAUGGAAGUUGUGCUGGUUUUCCUUAUGAACCUUACUGGUAUAGCUGCCAUUUUUUUUCUUUAAUCAAGUCUCCCUACAAAUGACCUGUGUUGCAUUCUCCCCUCUAAAAGACCGAAACUGGGUUAGUGACAAGUUGCUAUGUAUGUUCUACUGUGUAAUAAGACGAGGUAAUUGCUUAAUCUAGGAUAAUGCCACGAUGUUUUUCUGUAUCGG